AUGGCCCGACAAGACAUAGAUCCGCAGUUCGGGUCAUACGUGCAUAUUCGCGACCUUCCGCGUCAGGACGAGGCUCUGCUCAUGUUGAAGAAGCUUGCCUCGGUCGUGAAGCCAAUCAUGCGGAAGCGGGACUGGAAGGUCGGAGAGCUGGCCGAGUUCUUGCCUCCACAGUUGAACCUCCUGGGGUUGAACGUCAACGCCGGACAGAAGAUAUUCCUUCGCCUCAGACAUGGCCACGACCCAAACCAGUUCCUCGCAUACGAUACCGUUGCGGACACCCUACUACAUGAGCUUACUCACAUAAGACAUGGCCCCCAUGAUGCAAGCUUCUUCAAGCUCUGGGAUGAGCUACGUGAAGAGUACUACGCGCUGAAGCGACAAGGCUAUUCAGGAGAAGGCUUCCUAGGCACUGGCCACAGGCUCGGUGGUAGGGCAGUGCCGCUCCCUGAGAUUCGACGGCAAGCUCGCCUCGCUGCUGAAAAGCGGAAGACUCUCUCUGCCGGCUCUGGUCAGAGGCUCGGUGGUUCUACGGUCACGCGCGGUACCGACAUACGCAGUGUCAUUGCAGACGCAGCAGAACGCAGGAAUAACAUCACCCAGGGUUGUGGGUCUGGCAAUCAUGUGGUGGAGCAGAAGGCUGAGGAAGAAGCGAGAAGACUGGGCUUUAGGACAAAGGCUGAGAUGGACGAUGCGGAUAAGCUUGCUAUCGCCAUUGCCAUGAUGGAAGGUGACAGAGAUGCAAAUCGGCAGGAGAUGCAGGCUCUCGGUGCUUCUGAGGAAGGCCUCAGUUGGUCAGCCGAAGGGGGUCUCGAGAUGGCUUCGCCCAAGCCAGUAACCAGGAAACAAAACGACAACGAUUCUUCGGCCACGACAACGACCAAGCUGGUCUCUUCUCCCACAUCAGGAGCAGACCAGAAGUAA